AUGAAUAUCAGACAAGAAUUUCGAGGAUCGAACCAGAAAGAAGAUAAACAACUAUGUUUGGAAAAACCUGCAACAUUCAAGAAAAGGGUAAAAAAAUAUGCCCAAUGUAAAGAAUGUGGGAAAAAAGUUGUUGAAUUGGCAAUUCACAUGCGAGGUCAUACUGGAGAAAAACCCUAUCAAUGCAACUAUUGUGAUAAGUGUUGCACACAAUUAAGUAAUCUCAAAUCCCAUAUGCGGUCACAUACCGGUGAGAAGCCAUUCACAUGUGAAAUUUGCGGAGAUGCGUUUAGGUGGCAGAAACAAUAUAAGGGACAUAUGGUGAAGCACACCGACCCUGACGCGUACGCAUGUAAAAUUUGUGGGAAGGUAUUUCUCACAAGGGUAAGCCUUAACAAACAUAACACGAUACACAGGGAUAAAACAUUCAGAUGUAAUCAAUGUGACAAAAGAUUCACAACAAAUGAUGUGUUGAAACAACAUAUGCAAAUACAUAGUGACGUGAGACCCUUCAAAUGUGACCAAUGUUAUAAGAGUUUUAAGAGAAAUGAAAGUUUGAAAAUUCAUCUGAGAUCACACACUGGAGAAAAACCAUUUACGUGUGGUCAAUGUGAAAUUUCGUACUCCUCAUUAAAUUCUCUAAAAAAACAUGUUGAAAGUGUGCAUUCAGCUACAGAAGGACAAUAUAAAUGUGAACAGUGUGGACAGACCUUUCUUCUAAAACACAAGUUAAAUGCCCACAUGAAUACACACUCGAAGCCUUACAAGUGUGAUACAUGUGGGCACAGGUCUUCUAGAAAAUAUGAUCUAAAAAAACACAUGCGUACACAUACAGGUGAAAAACCUUACCAAUGUGAUUUAUGCGAGAAAAGAUUUGUUCAGUCAUCUUGUCUUAAUGUACAUUUAAAAACUCACAGUAGGUAUAAAAUUCACCAAUAUAAAGAAUGUAAGAAGAUGUUCAAGUCGGAAGAAUAUCUUCAACGACACCAAAAAAUGCACACACCUGAAAAUCAAAAAACACACCAAUGCUUGAAUUGUUGUCGGAGAUUCAGACGUAAGUCCGGCUUGCUAAGCCACUUGAGAACAUAUACCGGCGAAAAACCAUUUAAGUGUCACCAAUGUGACGUCAAAUUUGCCUGCAGCAAAAGUUUAAAAUAUCACAUGAAACUCCACCCUGGAGUAAAGACAUACAAAUGUCAAAUUUGUGAAACGCACCUACGUCGCAAAGACUAUUUGAAGAAACACAUGCAAAUACACGGUGAUGAAACACCAUACAAAUGUGAGGUAUGUGGCAAAGGUUUCAAUCAUCAGAUAGGUAUCAAGAGACAUAUGCAAAAACAUACUGGUGUGAAACUUCACCCGUGUAAUGAAUGCGAUAAAUCAUUUUCUGAAUCAGAAUCUUUAAAGCGGCAUAUGCUUCUUCAUACCGGUGAGCAGCAGCCAGUAUACCAAUGUGAACAUUGUGAAAAAUCAUAUGCAUGGCGGAAAUCUCUUGUGAAUCAUUUGAAAAUACACAACCGAGCAACACCACGGGUGUGCAAAAAAUGUGGUACAAAAUUUCCAGAUAGUGAUAGUUUGAAGCGACACGCAUGUUCGAAUAUACCGUCAUUGUACCAAUGUCGAGAAUGUGGGAUUUCCUUUGAAGAUAAAACAAAUCUAAAACGUCACAUGCAAGGAAAUACUAAAGAAGCGUACCAAUGUGACAAGUGUGCCAGACAUUUAGUAAUGAGCAAGUGUGCAUGGAAGAAACACGACAAAAUACAUGAUCCUUUGAAGAAACUGCUCAACCCUCUUUUUGAAAUUCAUGAACGACGUUUACCCCCAAAUCGUCCAAGACUUGAGAAAACCGACCUAAGAAUAAAGUUACACAAACUGCCUCUACAUUUCUUAUCACGUAAACGGCAAGAUAAAGAUAGUUUACGUUGUUAUAUCACAAAUUCAAACGGAAUUGACUGCAUGAUGGAGAAAACAGGUUUAAUGACCUUAAGUGCCAAUACCGUCGAAUGCUACAGAAUUAUAUUUUGA